GGUGAUCCUUUAGCAAACACCGUUCUACUUCCUGUUAGAAUUCACACACAAACCACAGAAGCUAAACAGUUGUUUCAGCUUUCGGACCACAACUAUUAAUGUAGCAAAAACGCUGUUGGAGAACAAUGAUUCCGUACACGGUCAACAUCAAACUCGCGGCUCGGACGUUGACUGGCACUCUCAAUUUGCAGAACAAAGCGGCUGUAGACUGGGGUUGGCAGGGGCUGAUUGCUCAGGGAUGUCACUCCAGCAUUCUCAUCAUCGAUCCAAAGACGUCUCAGACCAUCCAGGUGUUGGAGAAGCACAAGGCUAAUGUGGUCAAGGUGAGAUGGUCGAGGGAAAACUACUACCACAACUUGAGCUCUCCCUACUGUCUGCGGCUGGCUUCGGGCGACGCCUCGGGGAAGAUCAUCGUGUGGGAUGUGGUCAGCGGCACCCCCCAUUGUGAGAUCCAAGAGCACUCCAAACCCAUCCAAGACCUGGAGUGGCUGUGGAAUCAGGAUGCGUCUCGUGAUCUGCUGUUAGCCAUUCACCCCCCCAACUACAUCGUCCUGUGGAACGGAGACACGGGCACCAAGCUGUGGAAGAAGAGCUACGCGGAGAACAUCCUCUCCUUUUCCUUUGACCCCUUUGACUCCUCCAACAUGGCGUUGCUGACCAGCGAAGGAAUAGUCUUCAUCACCGAUUUUUCCCACUCCAAACCACCGAGCAGCGCCGGCAAAAAGGUCUACAUCGCCAGCCCCCACGCUAGCCCCGCCCACAACAAGCCCGCCCCCACCGCCGCGCCGGUCCCCACCGGCGCCAAAAAGGCCCUCAACAAGGUCAAAGUGCUCAUCACCAACGAGAAACCCACAGCGGAGGCGGUGACGCUCAACGACUGCCUGCAGCUGUCCUACCUGCCGUCUAAGAGGAACCACAUGCUGCUGCUCUACCCCAGAGAGAUCCUCAUCCUGGACCUGGAGCUCAGCCAGACGGUGGGGGUGGUGGCCAUCGAGCGCUCCGGGGUGCCCUUCCUUCAGGUGAUCCCGUGCGCCCAGCGGGACGCCCUCUACUGUCUCCAUGAGAACGGGUGCAUCACCCUGCGAGUGUGUCGCUCCACCAUCACUCCAGACGAGGCAGCGGACCCCGAGCAGAGCGUGUACGAGCUGAUGUACGACCUGCGUUCCCAGUGCGACGCCAUCCGAGUCACAAAGACAGUCCGGCCGUACCGCAUGGUGAUCUGUCCCGUCAACGAGAACAACGCUGCACUGAUGGUCAGCGACGGCAGAGCCAUGCUGUGGGAGCUCAAAGCCCACACCGGCAAAGCUGUCAAUCCUAGCUCCGGUCUGUCGCCGCUCUUCACCCCGGUGUCAUUUUGUGGGGCGCCGUUGGGUCUGAACCAGAAGACGAUUCAGGAUCUCUCCCUCAACAGCAUGAUCGGUCAGACGCUGAUCGCCGGCGAGGCUCUCACUCCCACGUCCAACCAGCAGGAGGUCCAGCUGAAGUUCCUGCUGACGGGGCUGCUGUCCGGUCUGCCACUGCCGCCCUUUGCCCUUCGCAUGUGUCCACCUCUUACCACCAAAAACAUCAACCACUAUCAACCCCUGCUGGCUAUAGGCACCAGCAAUGGGUCUGUACUGGUCUACAACCUGACCAGUGGUCUUCUCCACAAAGAGCUCAGUGUGCACUCUUGUGAAGUGAGGGGGAUUGAAUGGGUCAGUCUGACCAGUUUCUUAUCUUUUGCGACUUCUGCUCCCAACAACAUGGGCCUGGUGCGAAAUGAACUGCAGCAUGUUGACCUUCCUACUGGGAGAUGCUUUGCAUUCAGAGGCGAGCGAGGAAACGACGAGCCCCCCAUCGAGAUGAUUAAAGUGUCUCAUCUCAAACAGUACCUGGUGGUGGUGUUCAGAGACAAACCCCUGGAGCUGUGGGACACCAGGACUGGUACACUCCUCCGAGAGAUGGCGAAGAACUUCCCCACUGUCACUGCAUUGGAGUGGUCACCGUCCCACAACCUGAAGAGUCUGAAGAAGAAGCAGAUGGCAGCGAGGGAGGCCAUCGCUCGGCAGACGGUGUCCGACGCAGAGCAGAGUAGUGUCGAGUCCUCGGUCAUCAGCCUCCUGCAGGAUGCAGAGAGCAAGUCGGAGACCAGCCAGGCCAUCUCGGCCAGGGAGCAUUUCGUAUUCACCGACACCGACGGGCAGGUCUACCACAUCACCGUAGAGGGCAACACAGUCAAAGACGGUGCACGUAUCCCCCCCGAUGGCAGUAUGGGUAGUAUCGCAUGCAUCGCGUGGAAAGGCGACACCCUGGUGCUCGGGGACGUGGACGGCAAUCUCAACUUCUGGGACCUCAAAGCUCGUUUGUCCAGGGGGAUCCCUACGCACCGUGGCUGGGUGAAGAAGAUCCGCUUCGCCCCGGGUAAGGGCAACCAAAAGCUGCUGGUGAUGUACACCGAUGGAGCGGAGGUCUGGGACACCAAAGAGGUCCAGAUGGUGAGCAGCAUGCGGAUCGGCCGCAACGUGAACUACCGCAUCAUAGACAUUGACUGGUGCACGUCAGACAAGGUGGUGCUGGCCUCUGACGAUGGCUGUAUCCGAGUGCUGGAGAUGGCCAUGAAGUCCGCCAGCUACCGCAUGGAUGAGCAAGACCUGACCGAUCCAGUGUGGUGCCCUUAUCUGCUGGUUCCCCGGGCUGCCCUGACUCUCAAGGCUUUCCUCCUGCUGCAACCCUGGGCAGGAAGCUUCACCAUGGACAUCACUCAAGUAGACUACAAUGAGAAAGGCGAGAUAAAAGGGCUGAUCCAGGAGCAGCUCAACUCCUUGUCUAACGACAUGAAGAGUGUGCUCCAGGACCCGGAGCUCAGCCUGCUGCAGCGCUGCCUCCUGGUCUCACGGCUGUUCGGGGACGAGUCCGACCUUAACUUCUGGACCGUGGCGUACCACUACCUGCAGUCGUUCGCCCAGGCCCGUCAGCUGAGCGUGUCCGCCGCAGAGGGUCCGGCCCGCAGUGAAGGAGCCCAGCCGUCCCCUCAGGGCCACCUGGACAUCUGCCACGACAUCCUGUGUGAGAGCUCCUACUUCCAGAAGUUCCAGUUGGAUCGGGUACACCUGCAGGAGGUGAAGCGCUCCAGUUAUGAACACACCAAGAAAUGUGCCGACCAGCUCCUCCUGCUGGGUCAGACGGACCGGGCGGUGCAGUUGCUGUUGGAGACGAGCGCAGACAACAGCAGCUACUACUGCGAUUCACUCAAGGCUUGCCUCGUGACCACCAUCACCUCCUCGGGCCCCUCCCAGUCCACCAUCAAGCUGGUGGCCACCAACAUGAUUGCCAACGGCAAACUAGCAGAGGGAGUGCAGCUGCUGUGUUUGAUUGACAAGGCGGCGGAUGCUUGCCGCUACUUGCAGACCUACGGGGAGUGGAACCGCGCCGCCUGGCUGGCAAAGGUGCGUCUGAGCCCAGCAGAGAGCUCGGAUGUGCUGAAGCGCUGGGCGGAGCACCUGUGCUCCUCGCAGGUCAACCAGAAGUCCAAAGCCAUCCUGGUGCUGCUGUCCCUGGGCUGCUUUUACAAAGUGGGAGAGAUGCUGUGCAACAUGAGGCACUUUGAUCGCGCCGCCCUCUUCAUCGAAGCCUGUCUGCAGCACGGGGUGAUGGAGGCCAACGACUCGUCCAAUAAACUCAUCAAGUCGGCGUUCCUGGAGUACGCCCGCAUGCUGCGCUCGCUGGGCCUGCGCGAGGGCGCCGCUCUGUGGGCGUCACGGGCCGGCAGCGCCGGGGAGCAGCUGAUGGAGGAGCUGUUCCAGGGGGAGGGGGGCGUGCCAGAGGCCGCCCAAGGCGAGGAGGAGGCCGAGCAGGGCCCGCACGGCGCCGAGUGACCCCGGAGGGAACGCGCUCUUCGGUUAAGAGUCAGCGGCCGGCCAUUCGUUCGUUCUAACUUCAAUAGCGUGACCUUCGUGAGUUCACUCUGUGUCGCCACAAUGAGGAGGUCCCUCCGUGGGAAGCUGUCAGUCCGUAACUGAGUCCGCCUGUGACUUUAACGACAUCUUUUUAAUGUUUGGUGUUUUUGUGUUCAUGUGUAUGCAUGUAACAGCCCCAAAAGAAACACACUUCUGUCCUGAUUCCUCACAUCAAGUGUAGUAAUGCACAUCAAGUCAUUGUUCUUGUUGUCUAAUGACGCUUUAUAUUGGAUGGUCAAGCUUUAUUUUGUGUGCCUGUAUUGAAUAUCUUUGGUAUAAUUAAUUCACCCAAAAAAUAAGCAUUCUUUUUAAUUUUGAAAAGGCAUUCCCCCCCCCCCCCCCCCCCCCAUGAGCGAAUUCCAAAAUGAGUCUUUAGCACCGUUGAUUUAACCAAAACACCCCAUUAGUUGAAUGAAGACUUUGAUUCCUUGUUUUAGGCAAACGCAUAACAGGGGCUGUUAUGUUUGCAGCAGGUGGUUCUGGGUAAUUUCCUGGCAGUGAAGUCGGUUAGCCGUACCACGCUGCGCUUAUUAGUAGAUCCACUCCCCGAACAGACCGCCUCCACCUGUGCUACCAUCGUGUGUGUGUGUGUGUGUAGUUCACAUGAGUUAAAUAAAUGCCAGUUCAUCUAUUCCAUUAUUCCAAAUGGAAUGUUUAAUCUCUUACUUUUAUGGGAUGUUUUCCUUUGCGAGGUCUUUUGAUGUUUCUGUAACGAGCUCCGUCUCUGGCAGGUAUAUUACACAAGACGAGCCGUCAGAAUGUGUUGUAACUCGUUUUACAUCAUGUACACACAUACAUCCCCCUGAGGCUCAUCGCGAUCACAAAGCUACACGAAGCAAAUCGCACCCACUUUGCCGCUCAGUUCAGACUUGCUGCCACAUCUCCUCUUUUCACGGUAAAAAUCUACUGAUCAUCCGUAGGACAAUGCCAGGACGUGAUUGUGCCUUCCACUGUCUUGUAACGUGUUUAGAGACGAUAGCCCCCUCCGCUGGAACUCUCUUGUUCUCGACCCCAGGCGCCAUCGCUACGGCAACCCUGGGCUAUUUAAGGGGACACCUUGUUGUUGCUGUAGAUCCGUUUCACAUCCACUAGCCAGCAUGCAGGAUCACACCCCCCCCCCCCCUUGUAGAUGAUCAUCUGUGGGCCACCUGAUGCUGUGUAUCGUCCUGCAAGCUCCACGCGCGACGUUAGAGUGUGGUUCACACCCGCUGCUUCACUUUCUACUGUAGUGUGUGUGUUCAUUGUCUGUACAGUGAUACCAGUGCUUUAAACUAUAAAUAUUCCAAACUGAAGAAAAAAAAAAGAUAUAUGUAUAUAUGGAUGGCAAUAAAAUCAAUAUUAUGGACUUUAA